GCGGCGGCGGCGGCGGCGGCUUCGUCUUUAGCAGGCCUUUUCUCGCUCUGCAGCGCCUUGUAGCGGCGAUGCUGCCCCGCUAUGGUGCUUAGGGGGCUGCUUUGGGGGCUGCUGGUGCUCUCCGGGGCUCUGGCCCAGAACGGGAAUCCCGGUUUUCAGCCUUCAUUUAUCUACAUGUCUGGGUCCAUGGUCACUGCCUCUUUGGCUGACAGCCCAGCAGACGUUUUUUCCCUUUCUGUUGCAGACAAUGAAACAGGAAUGUUGCCUCUCAAAGACUGUAGUGGAAGAAACCGGACUGGGGAUUGGCGUUUGAAUGUCACGUCUCAAGGGAAUGUUUCCACAGUGACCGUGCUCCUGACCAGGAAUCUGCAGCUCUGCGCUCCUAACCGCACCGGCUGCUGCACGGAGGCCCUCUGCUUGGUCGCUGCUCUGCAGGUUUCUGCGUGUCGAGACUCCGUGGUGGUGGCUCAUCUGUUGAUCCGAGCAGAGAUCUACGCCAACUCAUCCUGGGGGAACGGGACGGGAAAACCAGAAAUGUUCGACAAUGCAACGGUAAUCCCCAAUCAAGUGUAUCAGCCGCUGGGCUCUUGUCCUUGCAAUCUGACCGCCGGCGCAUGUGAUAUCCGUUGCUGCUGUGAUCAGGAAUGUACGCCAGAGAUGAAGCAGUUGUUCACUGGGUCGUGUUUUAGUGGCGUAUUUGGCGGGGACGUCAAUCCACCUUUUGACCAGCUGUGCUCUGUCCAAACUGGGAUCCACACCCCAGACUGGUUUCCCUUCUUAUGUGUGCAGUCUUCCCUGAACAAUACACCUUUCCUGGGUUAUUUUUACCACGGUUCUACCACGUCCUCUGAAGCGUCUUCAUUUAAGAUUCCGUUUCAGACCGUCCCAGCGAAACCUCUUAGUGGUUACAAACAAGGCGAUCCAAUUGUGACUGCAGAAAACGAGUAUUUUGCCGUCCCCCAGCCAUUCCUUGCUGGGCAGUGUGCGAGGGACGCCCCCGUUGCGUUCCUUCGGGAUUUUGCCGUUGAGUGCCUGGCUACUUGCGAAGAUGGGCGGAGCCUGCUUCCCACUGUGGCCAUAGACAGCGGCACUGGAGAUCACAUCAAUCCACUCGUGACCUAUAAGAAGGAAACAACAAAUGUCGGAAGCUGUGCCAGCGAUGCCUGCGAAAAUGUGACAUUUGCAGAAAAUUAUACGAUCGUAUGGGAAGGCAGGAGAAUAAUAGACGUGAAGGUCUCCGUCCUUUUUGGAGAGAUCUGCCCAGAAGACACCCUGAGGCAGAGGUUUACUGUAAACUUUGUGAGCGUGAAUGCUACUAGCACAGAAGAAUUGUCCGGGAAUCCAGGUUAUCAAGUUGGAAAACCAGUCAGAGCCGCAAACCUGAAUUCUUCAGUUACCAAUUUAAAGCUCUGGAAGCCAGAUGGCGGCGGUCUGUGCAUGUCGGAAAGGACCACUCCCAUUUUGUUUGGACUGAAUGCGGUUUCUGGAUGCCUUUUCGAAGUCGACCUCAAGGAGAACUGCAGUCAGUUAAGGGAGAAUGUCACUGGCACACUGAAUUCCUUGGUGUGGGAGAACCUGGUUGGGAAAAGAGGCAAUUCCAAUUCCAGCAUCCCAGACGACUGGGUGGAAAUCAUACGCUUAGAUACAUUUGACCCCAGUUCAAACACAAGUGCUGGGAUCUUAAAAGGCCUGUGCCCAAGGGUUCCUGCUCACUUGAAUAUCCAGAUUCUCACCGCUGACGUGGGUGCAGUAGAAGGAGUUCCACAACAGGAAAUACUGGGGGUGCAAAUCAGUUUUUCAACAAUCACUUGGCAAGUUCAGUGUCCACUUGUCUGUGAAAAUGAAACCGGCUUUCUUCCUAUCUCCGCUGCAGUCCAGUUCAUCAAAAUACCAGCACAGCCCCCUGUUCCAAAGACCAGAUUUCAGAUUAACUACACAGAAUUUGACUGCAAGAGAAAUGACGUUUGCUGGCCAGAACUCUUUUAUCCCCUAACACGCUUCUACACAGGUGAACCCUACUCACAGUCUCUAGCCAAAGGCUUGGUGCUGGUGUUCUUCAUCUUAAUUGCUGUCCUGCUGAGUGAUCCUGGGAGAAGAAUCUGUGGAAUGUGGAAUAAAACAUAAAUAUUCAGCUGUUUUGAUGCGGGUUUUUUUUAGUCCUUUAAAUAACUGGUACUGAAUUUGUAAGGAA